AUGCCUACUAUCGUCAUCAUUUUGCCAAUCAUCACUCGUCCAACGGAAAGACCUGCACGUGCAGCACAAGACCAAGUGCGAGAACCGUUCAUGGUUGGGUCGAGAAAAAACGGCACUAGUAGCCGCAAUGUGUCCGGAACAUCGGCACGAAAAGCCGCUAUUUCUACUUCGCAUGAGGUCAAGGAGUUGCGCAGUGAAGCUCAACGACUCGACGAGCAGUUUUCAGUACUGUGUGCCAAGUGGAGAGAGGCGCUACCGGAACGUGAGGUGCUGUUAGCGGCCUGCACGGCAGCCACGCAGAAAGCGGUGACGGGCCGUGUCGAGCAGCUCAAUCGUCAACUCAAGGACGAGCUGCUCCAACAACAACUUUACUUUUCAACGCUACAGCAGAGACUCACAGAGGCACCACUGUGGUCGAGCUCUGCAUUGUGUCAAGAGCUUUUUGACCGCAUGCACGGCUACUUGCAUUUGGUCGGGGAGGAUCUUGAAAGCCGUAAGAAACAGCUUCAAGCGCGCUUUGAGUUGGGUGUGCGGCUUGCACCGGAGAUCGUGGAAAACUUCACUCGCGAGUUUGUUCCACUUGCGUCAAAUAUGCUGCCGUUUUCGCGGACCAGCACAGCAGCAACGGCGAUUUCGUCCCCGUUUAAUACUCAAGGUGGAAUAAGCGAGGAAAGUGACGGCAAUGGCUGCGGCACACUCGUGUCAAACGUGUUCAUAUGCAAGUUGCCAGCCAGUGUUAACAUCUCGCGGAUCUUUCAGCAUGUGGUUGACAACCUCAAGAACAUAUCGGUCGAGCUCGAACACCGUCUUGGGGUGUUGCUUGAAGUAAAGGUAUUGAUGAUAGUGCCUCCGUCAGAUUACGAAGUCGAGAUGGGGCCAUCUACCUACUACGCCCACGUAGAGAGGCAAGAUGGCGAAAUGCGCGGAGCCCAUACCAAUCGAGCGUGGACCGGCAAACUCGUGAGUGACGACUUGGCCGUGAUCGUGACGGAUUUCGUGGAUGAGGACGACGAGGAAGCAAUCGAUGCAGCUCGACGAGAAGGGCAGGAAACCCAAGUCGGGAGUGGUGAUGCGUCAUGGAUACCACCUAUACCAAAGUCGGGACUUCGCAUCGAUAUAUGCAUGCUGCUCACUAUUGCACGUGUGAAAGAUCCCGAGACGCAAGAAUCUUAUGUUCUCAUGCGCCGACUGCGCGUGCAUCGAUACAACCUGCCACCCAGUUCGCCCUUGCUUCAUCAUGAGCUGCAUAAGCUACUGUCGUAUUUCAAGGGUGACUUUCACCUGGCCAUGCUCAGUGACGCUGUACGAGUACGAGUAACGACGACAACUCUUUUCGACGCUGGAAGUGAAAGUGUUUGA